CGGCGUCGAUGCAGGCCCCACCGCAAGCUGAGUGCGGCAUUGAAGCCUGCCGUCUGACCUCCCGGACUCUGGCACCAGUGCUGUGCGACCGGUGCCGUCCAACUCGACGGCUGUGCGCGCUGUGCAGUGCACUCACCAAGCUCUGCCGCUGCAGCCGUGCCACAGCCCGCAUAGCUGCAAUUCCGCGGCUCGCACCGCUGCAAGUGCACGCAUGGCGAGCGCCACGGCUUUUUUUCCGCGCAUCGUCGCUCUAGGCCGCGGCGCAGCAAAAACGCAGCUCCGAAGCGUGCUGCAGCAGUGCAACGUCUCAAAACCCUUCGUGGUCACGGACAAGAACCUCGAAGCAUUGACCAGAAGCGUCCUAGACAGUAAUGAGUUAAGUGGAGAGGUCUACGCCGACGAGGUUGACGAGCCGACGUCGGAUCGCGUCGACGCGAUGGCCGCGGCCCUGUCGAGCUCCGGCGCGGACGGCGUUUUAGCCAUAGGGGGCGGCAGUCCCUUAGACGCGGCGAAGCUGGCCGUCGUGCUUUCCGAAAACGGCGGAAAAUGCCGCGACUACAAGGCUCCCGUCCUGACGGAUACGCCACCAACGCUACCGAUGGUCGCCGUGCCGACGACGGCGGGCACGGGCGCGGAGGUGACGCGCUACGCCGUCGUCACGGACUCCGAGAGUGGCGAGAAGAUGCUGUGCGCCGGGGCGGCGUUCGUCCCAGCAGCUUGUAUUGUCGACGGGGCCCUCGCGGACGGUUCUCCCAAAGCACUGACGGCGGACGUUGGUGUGGAUGCGCUCUGCCACGCCAUGGAGGCCUUUGUAUCUAAAAAGAGCUCACCGCUCGCGGACGGCUUCGCGCUCGACGCUUUACAAGGCAUCGGCCGCCACCUGCGGAGCGCGGUCGACGACGAGGCAGAAGGAAGGGACGGCAUGGCGCGCGCGGCGUUUCUGGCCGGUGUGUCCUUCUCCGUGUCGUCCGUGACGCUGAUUCAUGGCAUGUCGCGGCCGCUCGGCGCGCGUUUUCAUUUAGCGCACGGCCGGUCGAACGCCGUGCUCAUGCCCGCGGUCACGGCCUAUUCCCUGGAGGGUGCUCGCGAGCGGUACGCGCAAUGUAGUGAGGCGCUCGGGCUCGACGGCGACCUGCCGACCGCGCUUCAUGAUCUCGCAUCCUCCCUGGGCGUGCCGUCGCUCCGCGACGCUUUGCUAGAACGCGGCGUCGACGAGCGUAUGUUUAGGGACGCCGUGCCCGGCAUGGCGCGGGACGCGCUCGCGUCGGGGUCGCCGGCGAACAACCCGCUCGUGCCGUCCGAGGCCGACGUCGCGCGGCUCUACCACGCGUGCUACGAUAACGAUUAAGUGUGAG